CUUCGGUUCCUACGCUUUUCAUUCACACCAAGACCUCCUGUGGCUUCUGUACCUUGUUCACUGGCCCUUUACACGAUCAUUGAAUCAUCCCCUGCCCGCCAUUACGGAUUUAUCAUUUGCAGGAAACAAGAUGAUUGAACCAUAUGAAAUUGCAGAGGAGAAUAAGGAAGCAUAUACACAAUUAUGCCAAAAAUUUCUCCAAAGCCAAGGCCUGUUUCAGUGCCAACACAGAGAUUGGAUGUCGAAGGUGGACCUAGAAGAAGACCUUAAAGAAAGGGUGGAGAUAGAAGAGAAAGAGGAAAGGGAGGAUAAGAAGGCAUACAAAAGAACAUUAACCCACACACCCAAAAAGCUAAAGACGGAGAAAAAGCCAUCCUUUUCCUCAGAAGCUGAUCCUGACCUAAACGAAACAAUUAUAUGCGGGUCGACCGACUUCAAAUCUCUACAGAAAAAGGUUGUGGCUAAUAUCAACACCUCGGCCAAAUUGGACUUUGAUGCGCUGCAGUCCAUCGACCCUAAGACAGUGUGGGAAAGUGGUGUGCCGGCUCCUGCUGAUGAGAUUCUGGUGCAAGUGUGUAAGAAGUGCGAGAAAUUAGGUGAUAAUGUUGUGAAGACUGUUUGCACUCCUUAUACUCGCCUAAGGUAUGUUGUUUGUCGGAGAGAUCUGUGUUCUUUAUUACCUGAUAUUUUAUACCAGGCAUUUUCUUACCCUAACUCUUUUCCCCUAAAGCUGUAUCAACUAAAGAGCAAACUGGCCACAUCAACCUCCGAUGCAAUGACAGACUUUAUGCGAUGGCAUCCCUCUACAACUGUGACACAAGCUCUCGUUCCUCUUUUGCAAUAUUGCCCUAACAUGCAAGAGCAACACAGGGAUGCCCUAGCUCAGUUAAUACAAGAUUGUUCAGCAUCUUUAGUUACACAGAUGUUAAGUGCAAUAUCAACCAGAGAGAGCACCAGCGACAUCGACAUCCAAAUCUUCCAGCUGCUAUGUGAAAAGGCCAACCACCAAGCCCAGGCAACACAUGAGGCCACCCUCAUGUACCUGGCAAGGCUUCCGAGACCCAUAAACUUCAAUAAAGUUUGGACACUGCCUGCUCUUUGUGGUCAAGAAAAUGGGGUCUGUUAUGCAAGAUCGGGAGGGCUUGCAACACAUUGUGAACCACCACAGCUCAAAAGUGACUUGAAAACUGCACAAAAGUUGAUUACAAGUGAAAAUUUCAAAUAUUCUGCCAAGAUUAAACAUGGUCUUUCACCAAUACCCACACAGUAA